AGUGCCUGUAAUGUACGAGUAUGGUGUGAGAGCCGCAUGGAAUAAUCUUUCCUGGCAAGUCACUAGCUUGCCCCUUUACUUACUAGUGCUAGCAUUUGGAAACCUGUGCAUUUCCGUUGCCUACUCGUUCAAGCACCUAGAGAUUUUGCUUCUGUAACCAGAGUGCGAAGUAGUCGUGUUGUAUGUUCCUUUCGUCGCCGUGUUUACGGAAUAAUAUUCCAGCCAUUCGUUUAUUCCUUUUCCAGUCACUCGCUCAGACCCUUUCUUACGAAAUAGAAACGCUCCAGGAUGAGUGAAGCUCCAGAGGCCCGUCCGCCCUCCAGGCGCCGAGUCGCCUUGGUUGUGCUCUUCCACUCGACGUGCGCCAUCUUGAGUACAAUUCUUUCCAAAUCUGCGUUAAACGGCAUCGACGCUCCCGUGACAUUGCUGGCUUUCCAGACGACUGUACAAGUUGUGCUCCUCACAACCAUCGGCUACUUUACAAAAUGGAUUACACUGUCAAGACCCGUUUCGGCUUGGAUUGCACUUCUCCCACUCACUGCCGCCCGACUUGUCGGCAUUCUCGCAAAGACGUACUGCUUGGCUUCGGUUAAUGCAUCAGUCUACCAAAUCGCUCGAGGACUUCUACUCCCAUUCACCCUCAUGCUGUCGCUUCUUGUCCUCCGACCUCGCCCUUACUACCCGCCGUUGUCCCUGGGUGGAUGCGCCAUGGUCAUGGCUGGUUUUGGCGCCGGAAUGGCAUCAGACUACAGCCAGAUGCUCACCAGUGGCAAGGGUGUAUUGCUCGGAGUUAUCUCUAGUUUCACCACGGCCGUCGAAUCCGUUGUCGUCAAGCGCUUUCUUGGCAAGAGCAGCGAAGGAAUGUGGCAGAUGGUCUGGAUGUCGAAUGUCAUGGCUGUUGGAUUCUACGUGCCGCUGCUUGUCUUGUCUGGCGAACUGGGAACUACUGCAGCUCUUUUCAGCUCGACAGCCACAGCUGAAGUAUCUGCCACUGCUCGCCAGUUCCUGGGCACAGCAGUGCUUACUGGCGUGGCCGGAUUCUUGCUCACGAUAGCAACCUUCAUGCAAAUCGAAGUCACUAGUCCAACCACUCACAUGAUUGUGACAGCCGCACGAGGUGUGGCCCAAAGCGCCAUCGCUGUUGUGACUCUUGGAGAGCCAAUCACUGCCAAUCGCGCAGGCAGCAUGGCUCUCAUUCUAAGUGGAAGUGCCCUAUACGGUUGGGCCAAAGACCGUUAUGCGCAUAGCAAAAAGGGAAGCUAUUUGCCCGUUGCUCAAGAGGCUCAAGAGUCUCAACUCGACACAUUAAACAAAGAAGGCCGAUAGAGUCACAUAAUCGCCUGCGAUCUUACGCACAUUCUCUAAACUUAUACUAUACUAGAAUUUGUAUAUUUUACUUAUACUGCAUUUGCGUUGGUCAAAAUUAGCGAUUGGCAUUUUACGAGUUCUAUGCUUCGAUGGAGAGGCAGCGACGCGGUGGUCUGGUAUACGGUACAUAUGUAGAUAGGGUAAUAAAUAGAUGCGGAGCUAUUUUGUCACGUUGCGUAUCUUUUUAUAAAAGCUAUAUCGAGUAGCUUGUCGUUAGGC